CCUCCUCUCUGCGACCCAGGGCUAGGGUCCCCUCCGAAGGCCCCGCGAGAGCCCCCGGGUGCCCCCCGAUGGGCCCAGAGCUUGGGGAAAGCCCAGCCGUGCGCCCCAGCGGAGCCCCAAGCCGGGCAGGUGGUCCAGAUCGUGCAGGGCGCGCCGAAUCCUGCAAAUCCCCUUGCCCAUGUGCCGUCGGAGCUGCUCCUCUCCCCAGGGCAGGAAAACUCGGAAGGGGUGGCUUGAUUCCUACCUACCUGCUUGCGCCUUCCCGCCCACUCCAGCGUGGAUGGGGUCACCCGCCCCCCCCCCCGGUGCUCUCCAGAGGCGCUGGGUGGGACUUGCACCCCGGCCCCAGUGUGGUCCUGCGUGCUGGGUGCUGUCCGUCCAGCCCCCCGCCCGUCCCUCCUUCCCUCUCUUCCCCACCGAGCUGUGCUCCCGACCUUGUCUUUCAGCUCACUCUGCCGAAGGCCCGGACAGCAAGGACUGGACGUGGGCACUAAAGUCUCGACCGUGUGGCCUGCCUGCGGGCUGCUGGUGCGCGCUUAGGCCUUGCGGGAGGGCUCAGCGCCCAGGGACAGCCUUCCUUCUCCCAGAUCUCGGGGGGCCGGCUGCAAAGUGCAGCCCCCCAACCCCGGCACCACCACCACCACCACCACCACUACCAGGCCGCCCCAGCAGCAGAGCUUCUGUUUGGAACUAGGCUUUGACAGCACACACCCACCCAGAGCGACAUGCCCACGGCCCUGUGUCCCCGGGUCUUGGCUCCGAAGGAGAGCGAGGAGCCCCAGAAGAUGAGGGGCCCACCGGGAGAGAGCCCCAGCCCGGUGGAGGGGCUGCCGAGCCCCGAGUGCUCCCGCCGCCUCUUCCGACGCUUUCGCUACCAGGAGGCCGCCGGCCCCCGAGAGGCGCUGCAGCGGCUUUGGGAGCUGUGCCGGGGCUGGCUGCGGCCGGACCGGCUGUCCAAGGAGCAGAUCCUGGAGUGCCUGGUGCUCGAGCAGUUCCUGGGCGUGCUGCCGCGGGAGGUCCAGGGGUGGGUGCGUGCGCAGGAGCCCGAUAGCGGUGACCAGGCGGUGGCGGCCGUGGAGGCGCUGGAGCGAGAGCCGGGCAGGCCCUGGCAGUGGCUCAAACACUGUGAGGACCCUGUGGUGAUUGACGACGGGGACGGUCCCCCAGACCAGGAGCAGGAGCAGCUGCUGGCCGAGCCCCAGGGCCCCCCAUCAAAGGGCCAGGAAGGCACAGCCACGGCCUCAACACAGGGCUUGGGGCUCCCUAGCAGGCCGCCCAGCCAGCCCAGCGGGGACCCAGCUCCACAGACCAGUCUGGCCCUUCCUGAACCUGCCAGCCCGAGGAACACACCUCAGGAGGCCACACUGCAGUUGCCCUCGGACAUGAUUCUCUGCUUCUCGCAAGAGGACUGGUCCCUGCUGGACCCGGCGCAGACUGGCUUCUACGGAGAGUUCAUCAUAGGGGAAGACUGUGGCAUGACCCUGCCGCCGAGUGGCCCCAUGGGCCUCCCGCUCCCCUCCCAGGGUGAGGAGAACGAGCCCCGGGUUCCGGAGUGGCCAGAGGUGCAGGAGAAGGAUGUGCCCCAGAUCUCCUAUGCGGACCUGCCUAUGGAGGAGAGCGCGCGCGAUGACCAACUACCUGUGCCUGAAGUCCAGAGCGACCCCCAGAUGGCCCUCGAGCAUGGCACCUGCCAAGCUACGACCAACUCACCGUGCCCCCAGAACGACCCCGACGACGAGGUGAGCAUCGAGAUCGUGCUGUCCAGCUCCGGGGACGAGGACUCACAGCUGGACCCUUACUGCGCCUCGGGGACGCGGGGCAACAAGGCAGGCGCAGAGGCGCAGCCGUCCCGCAAGUCCUACGUGUGCCCCAACUGCGGCAAAGUCUUCCGAUGGCGAGUGAACUUCAUCCGACACCUGCGCAGCCGGAGGGAGCAGGAGGCACCCCACGAGUGCGCGGUGUGCGGGGAACUGUUUGGGGACAGCGAGGGCCUGGACGACCACCUGGAGACCCACGAGGCCCGCAAGCCCUUCGAGUGCGGCGUCUGCGGCCGGAGCUUCAGGCUCAGCGCGCACCUCAACGCGCACCGGUGCGUGCCCCCCACGCAGGCCGGGGAGGACCCAGUGCAGCUCUCGUGCUGCCAGUGUGGAAAGGGCUUCCAGCGGCCCGAGCACCUGGAGCGCCACCGCCAGAUCCACACCAAGGACCCGAGCCGGCCCCUGAAGUGUCGCUACUGCGUCAAGCGCUUCCUGCACAACCACAACCUGCUCCGCCACGAGCGGCUGCACAUGAAGCGCCGCUCCAAGCAGGCGCUCAACUCUUACUGAGUGUCCGCUGGGGGUGGGUGGUGGCAGGGUGACCGCUGGGGGCGAGCACAGCCAUGUGCCGGGUGUGACCCCACCCACGGGGGACGGUGCCUCCCAACAGGUGCAGCCCGGGAAACCCAGGCCAGU